CAGCAUGAGGUUGAUUUGCUCGAUGUAUCUGCUGGCGGUAACAACAUGAAGCAGAAAUUUACUCCUGGACCCACGUACCAAGCCCAUCUCGCACAUGAUGUGAAGAAAAGCAACCCUGGUUUGCUUGUCAGCGCUGUUGGGAGCAUUACAGAUGGACACAUUACCCGAAAUGUCCUUGAUAGAGGCCAGGCAGAUGUUGUGUUUGUCGGGAGGCUGUUCACGAAGAACCCUGGGGUGCUGUGGGCAUUUGCCGAUGAUCUGGGGGUGACGAUUAAAGUUGCAAAUCAGAUC